AUGGCUACCGCUCUGGAGGGACUGUCGCUGGCAAAGUACAUCAAGGCGUCGCCCGCGCUCUCGCGUCUGAUUCGCCCCGUGGCCAAUGCCUACGCUCGCGCCGCGGGGCAUCGCCAGAUGGGCCUCCGGUACGACGACCUGGUCAUGGAGGAGAGGGAGUCAGUCCAGAAGGCCCUCGGUCGUCUCGACUCGCGCGAGGCCUAUGACCGCGCCUUCCGUCUCAAACAAGCUAUUCAUCUCUCCGUACUCCACCGCGAGCUGCCGAAGGAGCAGUGGCUUAAGCCCGAGGAGGACACCCGCUAUCUCACGCCCCUGAUCGAGGAAGUUCAAAAGGAGGCGGAGGAGCGCGCCGCUUGGGACACGGUCAAGGUCGACAAGAAGGGUGGUCAUUGA